UGGUGUUAAUGUCUAACUUCAACCAAUUUAAUCAUAAUAACUCUUUGUAAAAUUACUCAAGCAAUUACUGAAUUUCAUCUAAUGGUUUAUUGGAUUACCACACUAAUUCCCUUAAACUGAUGUUCAGUAUUUAGGACUGAGAAAAGCAUCUUUACCCUACUUCUAUAUAAUUUUAAAACCAAACUUUAUUAAUUUAAUAUGCAAAUAAAUUAUUGUAACAUUUAGUUACUACCGCUUUACAGUAAUACAAUGUGAAAAAACAAAAAAAAAUUUGAUACACACAUAACACAUCAAUGCGUAGUUUAUGGUCUUGUAUAGCACAAAACAUGUCUGUAUAUCACUCUCUAUGACAAGGUUAAUAUUAUUAACGAAUGUUCUAGCGCAAUUUGUAGGUCACCAUUGAUCGAUCGAUAAGAAGACGUCCAUGUUAUUUUUUUUUAAUUGGAAUCAAUUAUUCUACUUACAUUUCUAAGAUUUCGACGCAUCAAAUUCUCGCUCACUGAUCUUAGGAUUACUCGUAUACAUUCCACAGUAAAAUUGUUUUGUACAUUCCUAUCAAAUCUGUGAUUAAACCAUUAAUUUCCAUUAGCGAAAAAAAAGAAGGAUAUUUAUCAUAACAAACAUUCAACUUUGAAAGUUUAUCUUGCAUUGUGUACACAUGUUCGUCAGACCGCCUACAGUUCGAACAACCAGAAAUCCCCGUAGACGACCCCCACAUAUACUUGGUUUGAACGAAGUGAAUCGUCCACUGUUACGACAAGUGAUCAGAAGUCGUCGAUCGAAUCCAGUCCGUGAAGCAUAUGUAUUAGAAAUAAGAGAAGGUCCUGUGGUUAAUAACAACUCAAAUGCAGCUACUACAAGGAUGAUACCCCAGCCAUGGGUUACUGUGCGCGACUAUUUUAAGGGAAAUGACUUUGUUAGUCUUCCUGUUUCUAUUUGCAACACAUUAUUGAAACACCUUAUGACAUGUGCCAUAGUUGAUGAUGACCACCGAGUAGAAAGCUCUGAAGAUAGUGAAAUUGAGUGUACUUUUUCACCUUCCCCCAAAGUUGGAGAAGAGGCAAGUUUAACUGAAACAUCCGGUGAAACAGCAUUACAGGUUGAAGGGGGAGCAUCUGAAGGUACGAAAGUCAUCAAGAAAGUAUCUUCACGUGUCAAACCUCAUACCUUCCAGCUUAGUUUAUUAAAACCUAUAAGAAUAGUGUGUGAAGCAACAGGAUGUACACUGGAGGUUACGGCACGUAAUCCUUUGCCAAAACACACAUCUACUAGUUCAGAAGAACCAACACAAACAGUCCAAGCUGAUCCUGAUAAGCGAUGGCUUAUUUCAGCUCCACUAGAAGUUCGUAAAAGUAAUUCUUCAGGUGGUGAGCAUACCUUGGAUGGCAGUGGAAUCGGUAGUACCACUAAUGGAAGUGGUCGACGUCAGUACUCCUGGGAAACACGUGGCAUCUUGGAACUACAUACGAGUCUGAUCCCCAAGCUAUUAACAUUUCUUGCCGAUGUUGCGACACGUUAUCGAGCAAUUGAUUUAAUUCCAAAAGUUCAAUCACUAUACAGUAUAUCGGGUGAAAGAAGGUUUUUGUUUAAUUUAAAAGAUACUCGAUGGGGAAAACGAAUUCACAUUUCUCAAGUUACAGACCUACAUCGUAAUGUUAUCGGCAUUCCGUUAGAGGAUUUGGUUAGCUUUCGCUCAAGGCUUGAUACGGUGAUAAAAAGUUUAGGAUUGGAAGAUCAAUAUGCCAUACGCUCAUCUAUCCACAGAAACAGUGAAAAUAGAUCAACACAUAAGCAACAACAUGCACCAGUUUCAUCUCAAGAUACUUUUAAUUUCCCAGGUGAGUCCGUAGGUGGAGUGAAUAGUACAGAAAUAGACGAGGAGAACAAUCGAAUCGACACUAGCAAUACACAAAAUCGUACACAUGGACGUGAAAAUCGUCCUUCACGUACAGGGGUAUUCGCACUAAACAAUAAGGAAAGCAGAAAUGCAGGGACAUAUGAUAGUGAAUCUGGACAGCGUCGUAACCGUGGUAACAGGUUCGGAAGACGUAGUAAUUGGACGAAUGGAGGACGUGGAAAUCCAGUGAAACGAAGAGAUAAGAAUCAAUUAUCUUCUAAUCAAGAUUUAAAAACAUCUGAUGAAAUUGAACACAAUGAAGUAAACCCAAAUUCUAACCUUCAGAAUUCACUCGAACCUGCUGUUGAACCGACUCGAAUAACGCCUGCAGCUGAGGCCAGUGCAUAAGUAAAAUAUUUUGACUACAUAGUUAUAAUGAGUAUUCUGGAUAUGUUUACACUUAUCAGUCUACAUGCUAUUUGUUUUCUCUGUUCAUUAGACAAUUUUAUAAUUAUUGUUUUAUGUUUGUAUUAUCUAAAAACAAAACAACAGAUGAACUCAAUUAUUUGUUUUUAAACUUUGAAGUAUUUCAAGUUGUAUAAUUGAACCUCUGAACGAAUAUGUUUUUCAUUUUUUCGGGUUAAACUCAUAUAUUGAGAGUUAAUAAAACCAAUCAAAUUGUUCAUUCAUUAAAAAUAUCAUUAUAUAUAUAUUCUCCCCGUGUUUCAUAAAUUUGCCUGUUUUUUGAGAGAGAAAAAAGAUACAUACUACUAUUCAACUAAGCAUUUUUCUGACUGGUCAGUCUUUUAUUAUUUUAACUAUUCCUCAUUCCGAAAACUAUCAUCGUUGUUUGAAGAACGUGAAUAUUCUUGAAAACCUUGAAAGUAAGCCUUCAAAGUAAUCACUCAGUUUUUUUACUAGUCACUCUAUAGUUAUUUAAUCUCCGAUACAAAUUUAGCUCUGUUGAUCAAUUUCUGAAUGGGUUCAUCGGGUUUUAGAUAGUUGAAGGGAAUUACCAGGUAGUUCCGAAUGAUCGAGUAAUUCAUGUUUAAACCCUCUGUAAGCUAUUGAUUUUCCUAGUUUUACAGUCAUUUCGAGAUAACUAAUGACAACUUCUGGUAUGAAACAAAUCUAUUGCUUUUUGUUAGUAGCAUGUAUCCAAUUUUGAGGUAUUUCAUAUUACGGCUUUUCAUUCGAUAUAAAGCCUAAUAGUCAGGCAAUAUGAAAUCAAUCGUACAUG